CAUGUCGCAACCUUACUGUAACUGCACGAUCGAAGCCGUAUUUUCGGUCGUUUUAAGCCAUCUGCUCGCCAUAUUUUGGGACCAGUGUGUGCCUGAGAGUUCACAAUGAUCCACCCAAUGGUGCUGAUGACCACUUCCCUCACGAUCUGUGGGUGGGUGAUGUCGUGUUUGGAGCACUACCACAGAGACAGGCGGAAAACCUUCCUACAGAGAGACCCAGCCGGUACCAGGAUCACUGUGGUGGACUCUCAGACGAGCUGUGAGGACGUGUGCGGCAGGUUAGUGGAUGAAGAAGCGCUGGGGGAGCUUCAGGUGCUCGGGUUUGACUGUGAGUGGGUGACCAGGGGCGGCACAACUCGCCCCGUGUCGUUGCUACAGCUCGCCUCGAGGACGGGAGAGUGUGGUCUCUUCCGGGUCUGUCGUCUGAACGAUGGGACCAUCCCGCGGUGUGUGAGGGACUUGCUUGCCAAUAAAAACGUGUUGAAAGUCGGCGUAGCCUGUUGGGAGGACAGCCGGCGGCUAGAGAGAGACUAUGGCAUUACUGUGCGCGGCUGUGUGGACCUCAGACACCUGGCUAUCAGACACAAGUCUCUACAGAGCGGUAAACUUGGUCUACAGGCACUCGCCGAGCAGGUACUUGGAGUCAAGAUGGACAAGAGUCGAACCGUGAGAUGCAGCAAUUGGGAAGCCUCAAAGCUGAGCGAGGAACAGAUCACAUACGCCGCAAACGAUGCCCUUGUAUCGGUGGACAUCUUCACCACCUUUCUGGAGUGGAAGUUACAACAAAAUGACAAGUCCGAGAAAAACCUGCGAUCUGCUGUGAAGGCGAUGUGCCAAGGCCUGGUGGACGUUCCCUUUUCUGACUCUCACAGGGGAGGGAGAAAGAGAACUGCUCGGAAUAACAAAACACGUCCGCUACAGCAUCAAAACGAGGGGAGUUUUGACAACGAAGAGGUCGGUGUCAGACAAAAUAAGGAGCUCCUUGGACAAAAUCACAAUGCAGGGUCCUUUAGUAAUGGAGAGGUACCGCAGAAUCACAACGAAGGGUCCUUUAGUAAUGUAGAGGCACCGCAACAUCAAGAGAACAAAGCCCCGACACCCAGGAAAGUGAAGGGGUACACCGUCCGGCGGUCUCCUUUCUACCACAACUGUCAGUUACUGGCGCCUGACGGCACCCUCCUCAGUACCAUCGACCGGAAGAAGGUGCAGUGGUACCUCCAGAAGGAGCUAGGAGAGCUGGUCAGCGAGGACCCGCUGACCGUCCAGCUGAAGUUCGAACCGUCCGGCCGCCCGUCCAGCCAGGAUGACCAGUACUACCUGUCCGUGAAGGAUAAUGUAUGCGUCGUGUGCGGACGGACCGAGUCGUACAUCAGGAAGAACGUGGUGCCGCACGACUACCGGAGACACUUCCCGCGGGAGAUGAAGGACCACCUGUCGCACGACAUCCUCCUCCUCUGCACUGUCUGUCACCAGCAGACCGGUCACCAUGACAACAGGUUGCGGAACGAGAUUGUCAGGGAGUUCAACGCACCCUUGGGGUCAGAGGACAACGCCAAGUUUCUGGAAGACCCUGCUCGAAGAAAAGCCCGGACGGCGGCUAAGGCUCUGCUUCGUGACGACAACAAAAUCCCGGCUGAGCGAAAAUUGGAGCUGGAGACUCACGUGAAGGAAUUCUACAGCACGGAGGAAGUUACCACAGCUAUGCUCAUGGAAGCCGCGACCCUGGAAACUCGGAUUGAGAACGAGAACUUCGUCCCUCACGCCGAGAAGGUUGUCCGGUCGCUCCUGGAGCGGAGGGACGGACUGAUGCUGUUUGAGAAGCGCUGGCGUCGCCACUUUCUGGACAGCAUGAAACCGCGGUACCUGCCGCCACUCUGGUCCGUGGAUCACAACCACGGCAAACUGGAGAGGAACGGGCCGGUCGGGCACGAUCACAACCACGGCAAACUGGAGAGGAACGGGCCGGUCAGACAGGACAGCCUGGCUGGCGGGGACCAAGCACACGGACUUGAUGGGGACAAUUAAUUUAUCACAGAUUCCCUAGUGAACGGGGAGCCACUCAAGAAACUAAAACGUGAUUUUUGCUCUUAAGCUUCCAGACCACGCAAUGUCUGCAUAUGGACAUACAUGAAGUAAACGGUAUCAAUUUAGAAGCCCGUAUCAGAGGACAAGCCUUAAUGAUGCUUCCAACGUUCAAUCAAUUGUAAAAACAUGUGAUGUUGUAAUAAAAUGAAGAGAGAAAAGAAAGAAAUACUGCUGUUAGUAUCGUCUCCUGAGUAUCAGUCAGGUCAACGAAUUGUGCUAUGAAAUACCAGUAACAGAAAACUACAAGUGUACAGAAUAUGUCUGCCUCGUAUUGUAACCUUUAUUUCACACAACAUUUCAAUACUUUACAUCUAAAAGCGAAUUGAGGUAUCAACUAGACAAAGUUUUGUAAUUGCCGUGCAAGCUGGUCGGUGACGUGAAAGCGUCAUUGAAUAUCCUUGUACAUCGUGUUCUCACAUUGCACACACCUUUCAAGUCCAAAGACUCUCGAUAGUUUUGUUAAAGAGGAAUUAAACUUCUAACAUGCAAUGCAUGUACAAAUGGAU